AUGGAACGAAGUGCCGUCCACUCCGCUAUCAAUGUUAUCUCCCAAGAGCCAUUCUUCUUGCCGGGAACUCUAAGGCUCAAUCUUGAUCCUCACGAGCGAGUUUCUGAUGAAAGUUUGAUUUCCGCAGUUGAAAAGGUUGGACUCUGGACUCAAAUCAACACAAAGGGCGGCUUAGACAUGACUUUCAUGGACUCAGACUGGUCCGUGGGACAAAGACAAAUGCUUUCACUGGCCCGGGCACUCGUUGUCGAUGCCCCGAUUUUGGUUUUGGAUGAGGCGACUAUGUUGACUGGAACACGGAGUCUCUAA